ACAAUGGCUCUUGUUCUGUUGCCCAUGUCAAUGAUUUUCAUAUUCCUUGCUUACAAACUUUAUAACAAGCUGAGGUUCAAGCUUCCCCCAGGGCCAUACCCAUUGCCGAUCAUUGGAAACCUUUGCGCCAUGGGUGCGGUUAAAUCUCGGUGUUUUUUUGAGUGGUCACAAGUUUAUGGUCCAAUCAUGUCUGUGUGGUUUGGUUCAAAUUUGCACAUAGUAGUCUCAAACCCAGAGUUGGCAAAGCAAGUGCUCAAAGACAAUGAUGAGCAAUUAGCAAAUAGGUACAAGAAUUGGACACAUUCUAGACUCAGCAGAAAUGGCAAGGGUCUUAUAUGGGCUGAUUAUGGUCCUCACUACUCAAAGCUUAGGAAGGUUUGUGUGCUCGAGCUUUUCUCUACCAAGAGCCUUGAGACUUAUAGACACAUUAGGGAAGAUGAAGUUAGAGCCAUGGUCAAGUCAAUUUUCAAAGAUUGCACUAAUCCUUGUGACUAUGGAAGAGGUUUAGUGGUCAAAAAGUAUGUGGGAGCUGUGGCAUUCAACAACAUCACACGGCUACUGUUCGGACAGCGGUUCGGGAAUGAAGAUGGUGUGCUAAACAAGCUAGGGGCGGAGUUUGUGGCAAGUCUGUCUAAAAAAGCAGAGCGUGGGGCAUUUUUUGCUAUUGUUCAAGAGAUUUGGUGGCUUAGAUGGGUUUUGUGGCCUCAACGUAUAGGACUUGCUAAAAUUUUGGCAGACGAAGACCAACUGAAACGAGCAAUCAUGGAGGAGCAUAUGCAAGGUAGCCAAGGUCAGGGCGAGAAGAAACAUUUUCUGGCUGCAUUGCUAAGUCUUCAAGAGAAACAUGAUCUCACCCAGGAUAAUAUUGGAGCAUUACUUUGGGGAAUGGUCAGUGCUGGCAUGGAUACAAUUGCAAUAUCAGCUGAAUGGGCCAUGGCAGAGUUGAUCAAGAACCCGACGGUGCAAUGGAAGGCGCAAGAGGAGCUUGACCGCGUAAUAGGGCUGGACCGGACAGUGACAGAGGCGGAUAUUUCAAACCUUCCAUACCUAAAAUGUGUAGCCAAAGAGGCACUGAGGCUUCACCCUCCAACCCCAUUAAUGCUACCUCACAGAGCCAAUGCCAAUGUCAAGAUUGGUGGCUACGACAUUCCUAAGGGAACUGCUGUUCAUGUAAACGUUUGGGCCAUUGGGCGUGAUCCGAAGGUGUGGCAAGACCCAUACAGAUUCCGACCUGAGAGAUUCAUCGAGACAAAGGAGCAUGGUUUUGGCUUUCUGCCAUUUGGUGCAGGAAGGCGUAUGUGCCCAGCAGCACAAGUAGGCACCACCUUGGUCACACUAAUGUUGGCUCACCUUUUGCAUAGCUUUGCCUGGAGCUCGCCAGCCUCGCCUGAAGGGCUCCAGCCGAAGGAGAUCGACAUGUCAGAGAGCCCAGGAUUGGUAUGCUAUAUGAGGAUCCCUUUGAUAGCAGUCCCUCGAUUGAGAUUGCAUCAGCACUUGUACAAGCAUAUGCUUUGA